AUGCCAAAGCCUCCCAGUUUGGCCAAUCUCAAGGCCAAGCUUUCAAGUAAGCUGAAGACCUGUGAUCUGAACCGAGCAUCUUCAUCGUCCUCUCAAUCAGUGUACUUCCCCGAGAAAUCUGAACAUCAAAAUGGAACUCCGGAGAGAAAGCAUAGUGCAUGGAUGUCAGAGCAUCUGCACGAGAAGCUCAUCGAGUUCAAAGCCGAUGAUUCACUGCAAUCCAGUAACUCAGACGUCGCCAGGCCUUGGCCCAUCUGUGCAUCCAAACUUUCUCUUGACUCCAUCCGUGACAAAAUAAAGUUAAAUUUGAACACUGCACAUGAAAAACUGGAUGUUCAUCAUGCUCCUAAGUACACCCCACUUGAACAGCAGUUCCUUGAAGUGAAGAAGCAAUAUCCAGGAGUUGUAUUAUUUGUGGAAUGUGGCUACAAGUUCAGGUUUUUUGGUGAAGAUGCUGAAAUUGCAUCUAAAGAGUUGAAUAUUACUUCCUACAUUGACCACAACUUCCUUACAGCAUGCAUUCCAAAUCAUCGAUUGCUGGUUCAUGCUAAAAGACUGGUAACCAAAGGAUAUAAAGUUGGAGUUAUCCAUCAAACUGAGACUGCAGCUGUGAAGGCAGCUGGUGAGACACGAAAUCUCCCAUUUUCUAGGGAGCUUACAGCUCUAUAUACCCGAUCAACCUUCAUUACACCAGAUGUGAAGAGUCUGGAGGGUAUAGAGGAAGAUGCAGAGAAUGAUGGUGAUGUGAACACCUUCUUAUUGGCUGUGUGGGAGGUGCCAUCAGCAAAAGGCAAGUCAACUAUGUCAAUAGGCAUCAUGGCUGUUCAGCCAUCUACAGGUGAGGUCAUAUUUGAUCACUUCUUUGAUCUCAAGCCUAGAGAUGAACUCAGUACCCGUCUUGUCCAUAUUCAACCGGUGGAAGUCCUAUAUUCAGAGUCUGCAUUAUCUGAGGACACACUCCGCUGCAUCAAGUCCUAUGUGAAUAUGCGGUGUAAUAGUCAUGACUGUAUUAGACUAGAACAGUGUGAUCCAAAAUGUUUUGAAUACAGAAGAUGCAUGGAUAGUCUAUCAGACUUCUACCAUGGUGAUGUUGAUAUGCUCCAACUCAUUAUGAGUUUUGUACCUGAAUUGAUCAGUUGUCAUGGUGCUUUGUUAUCUUAUUUAAAAGACUUUCAUCUUGAAAAAGCUCUUAAAGCCUAUCAGAACUUCCAACGUUGGACCAGCAUGCAAGAACAUAUGAACCUCAGUGCAUGUACUGUCAGGAAUUUGGAUAUUUUCCUGUGUGAUAGCACUGGGAAAGAAGAAGGCAGUGUAUAUCACUUUCUCAGGAAAACACGAACUAAAUUUGGUGCCAGAUUGCUAUUCAAAUGGUUAUCUCGUCCUCUGUGCAAUAUACAACGCAUUGAAGAACGGCAAUCAAUGAUAGCAGACUUUAUUGAUGCUGAUAACAAGAUCCUGUCUUUUUUUCAAGAGUGUCUCUCUCAUUUGCCUGAUCUGGAAAAGGCACUGACUCAUGCUCUCUAUGGCCGUUGUAGUCCAUCAGACUUUCAUACCAUGUGUUUUGCACUCUACCGCAUCUCCUUAGCUUUUGAAUGUCGAUGGACUGUGAUGGAAAGUGAUUUGUCAAGUCCAGCCUUGAAGGGACUUUGUCAGGGGAUCAUGGACCAUCUAAAAAAUGUGCAAACUUAUUUGACAGCCAUAAACGAAGUGGCGGCUAAGGACAACAACAAAACACAACUGUUUGCUGACACUUCCUGCUUUCCAGGUGUGAACUUGCAUCAGCAGGAAAUAGCUAGUAUCACAAAGAAAUUGGAAAGUGCCAAGGGAGAAAUUCAUAAACAGUUAUGUAUCUCUAAUUUUGAGUAUGUGACUGUUUCUGGGCAAGAGUAUUUGAUUGAGGUCCGCAAUGUGGACCUUCAUCGUGUUCCAGACAGUUGGGUUCGCAUCAACCUCACUAAAGCAUGUGUUCGGUUUCGCACUCCAUUUGUUGAGAUGAUGUAUGCUCGACUCUGCCAACAUCGGGAACUCCUAGCUGCAGAGUGUGAAAAAGUGUGGAUGGAAUUUCUGAAGCAAUUUGCAGAGAAAGAGUUUGUAAGUUAUCGGAGGGCAGUGGAACUGAUUGCAACAUUAGAUGUUGUGCUCACAUUGUCUGGAAUCGCACGGUCUAAUGAUUACACCCGACCUCUUUUCAUAGAAAGUGGACGGCUGAUACAUAUUGAAGGUGGAUGGCAUCCAGUGCUGAGUGGUUUAGUGGAAACAUUCAUCUGCAAUGACACUCAGAUGGAUGGAGAUGGCCGGCGUUCCAUGGUCAUAACAGGUCCCAACAUGGGGGGCAAGAGCUGUUACCUCCAUCAGGUUGCACUCAUUGCAAUUCUAGCUCAAAUUGGAUCCUUUGUUCCUGCCAAGUUGGCUACAUUAGGAAUUCUGGAUGGCAUCUACACUCGAAUGGGUGCCCAAGAUCGGAUUUUGGAAGGUCAGAGCACCUUCAUGGUGGAAUUAUCUGAGACAUCUGAAGUUCUGAGACGUGCAACACCACGAUCAUUGGUAGUGCUAGAUGAACUUGGUCGAGGCACAAGUACUCAUGAUGGUGUGGCAAUAGCUUGUGCCACCCUCAGAUACCUGGUUGAAACUGUGCAAUGCCUUACAUUGUUCGUCACACACUAUCCAGCUGUAGUUGAGAUGGAGAGUCACCUCCGGAAGCAUGUGGGCAACUUCCACAUGUCCUUUGUGAUUGGCAGUCUCUUCAGUGAUACUGUAGAUCUUCUUGAAGAUGUGCCAGAUGAUUCUAUCACCUUCCUCUAUCAACUCACCCCUGGUUCAGCACAGAGCAGCUAUGGUUUGAAUGUUGCACGUCUUGCUGGCAUAGAAUCAUCCAUCAUAUCUUCAGCCCGGCGUCGCAGCACUGCAUUACAGAAGCAGGCUCUUGUGCACCGUGAUGCUAUCACAUUCUUUCGCUCUGUCUGGUCUGCGAAUGAGCCUGGUCAAUUGAAAAAUGUCUUGUCCCUUGAUUGA